UACGCUGGGCUCAGAACAAUAUAAGUUUAUGUAGUCAAAUAUUGAUACCAUGUAAAUUUGGGGGCUCAAAUGUAACUUUGUUUUGAAAACAGAAGGAAGGGAGACAGACUGACUGAGACAGAGGUACGACUUCCUUAUUUCCUCUUGUACAAAAAAACGAGUCGUCUUGUCUUCUCUCUUUCUUUCUCGUGCCGUCUCCUUCCUUUCUUCUGACCGAAGCUUCCGAUUCUGCGGUCUCUCUCUGAAUACGCGGAAUCGGAAAAUUUACCUCCCACCUUCCUUCUUCUCCGAUUUUUCUUGCCGGAACAUUUUCAAUCGGAGAAGAAUUGAGGGAGCAACCGGAUAGAGAAGAAGGAGAAACGGUAACUUUCGUCAUCGAUUUCCUCAUUUUGGGUUGGGAGAGGGCGCGGGAAAGGGGAAAGCAGCGACCAUGGGGACGCCGGCAUUUCCAGAUCUCGGUAAACACUGCUUCGUGGAAGAUUGCAAGCAGCUCGAUUUCUUGCCAUUCACCUGCGAUCGCUGCCGCCAGGUUUUCUGUCUGGAUCAUCGAAGCUACCUCAAACAUAACUGUCCAAAAGGUGAUAAGAAGGACGUUACUGUUGUCAUCUGUCCACUCUGCGCUAAGGGAGUUCGUCUAAUCGGCGACGAAGACCCAAACAUCUCAUGGGAGACACACGUCAACACAGAAUGCGACCCUUCAAAUUACGAAAAAGUCACAAAGAAGAGAAAAUGCCCCGUCCGAGGCUGUCGAGAAGUUCUCACAUUCUCAAACACAAUCAAAUGCAGGGACUGCACAAAGGACCACUGCUUGAAGCAUCGAUUCGGCCCUGACCACACAUGUCCUGGUCCCAGGAAACCCGAUGCAGGCUUCCAAUUCAUGAGUCUUCUGAGCAGGAGCAAGAAGGAAGAACCACCAAGACCCAACAACCGAGCUCCUCCCACAACCACAUCCUCAGCAACAAAUUGGACCUCAAACUUCCUCAGUGCAGCAUCCAACGUCCGAGCCUCUGCUGAAGCUGGAGUGUCGAAGCUGGGCCGGGAACUGAGCCAAGCGUGGCUGACAGCAAGAGACGGCAUUGGGCCUAGCAGCAGCAGUGGAGGGGGAGCCGAGAUGGACGAGCAGUGUCCACAGUGCGGUGCCAAGUUCGAGUCGGUUAUGAGCCUGGUCGAGCACGUGGAGAAGGUGCACGAGAAGAAGAAUCAACAACAAUCUCGGGUCCUGAAGUUGCCUGUAGAUGUGUGUCCAAAGUGUAGUAAAGGCUUCCGCGAUCCUGUGGACCUUGUGGAGCAUGUGGAAAGGGACCAUGGAGGUACCUCGAAAGCUUAGGCAGUUUUCUUCCGGGGCCUUUUGGAACUGAUUGUCUACUGAUUCGAUUGAUCCCAAUUUAAGGUGGUGACUCUUAAAUCUGAAAAGAAAUGGAAAAAAGAUUGUUACUUCGAUUCAAUUUGGAGCAAAUGCCAGUUACCAACUACAAACAAAGCAAUGAUUUUGAUUUCCUAUGAAACCUUAUUUCUUUCACUAUCAUAUUACAAUUUCAAAAAAUAAUUACCAGUACGGAAAUGGCGGGCAAAAGAGGGAGGCGGGUAAUUAACUGUCGAAAUGGCGGUGAACAAAAGGACAACACAGCACGAUUCCAAGAAGGGCAUAUGUCAUGUCAGAGAGAGAAGGGAAAGCAGCUAUCAUUUUUUUUUUUUUUUGGGUCGAAGAAAGAAAGCACCUUUCUAGCAUUAGUACAUUACUAUUCCUAAUUAAUUCUUUUACAAUAAGAAUAAUAAUAAUAUACUAAACUCUAACGGCUUACAAAAUAUUUCAAUAAUGGUGCUGUCAUUUGAUUUUCGCGUAGCCAGUUCAGAUUUGGGAAUGGUGGUGGUAGGCCGGCCGGCCGAGAGAGAGAGAGAGAGAGGUAAAAUAAAGGGUUGAAAAUGCCGGAACUCCAGUUCAUCUUUUUGCAUGGCACAGCGCCGAUCCUAGGUAUUAUUCUGUAUUCAAUUUCCCCAUCUUCUCUCGAUUGUCCUCCAAUUGGGCGAUCUCCCGAUUCCGCCUUUGAAAUUCUGUGAUCAGUUCGUUAAUGUUGUUUCGUUCCUUCCUUCCUUCCUUCGAUUAGUUUCUUCUCCCCGCUCUCUCUUGGUCCAGCUCUUAGUUCAAAUUUUGGUUCGCAUUUUGCAUUUGGGGGGUCGGCUUUGUUCCUUUCCUAAAACCCUUCUCGGUCGGGUUUUGUUGCGUAGAAUCGGAAAUGGGUUUUGAUUCUUGAUUUUUCCUUGUUAGUUCUUGUAGCUCAUACAGCUCUGGAUAUGGUGAGGUCAAAUUUUGUGGUGAUCUGCUGAUCUCCCUCCAUAUUGUGAUAUUACUUACAGGUUGAUCGUCCGGAAACCCAAUUUGUGAACGAACCUGGUCUUUCCUUUCCCUUCUCAGUGCCAAAAUCCAAGAUAAAUACUUGGUUCUAGGAGGGAAGGAAAGAGAGGUUUCGUGUCCGUUGGGGGAUGAGCUUGUGAGCAGAGUCUCUGAACAUGAGUGCCGUUUCUGGUGUGUUAUCACGGCAAGUAUUACCAGCGUGCGGUAGCCUUUGUUUCUUUUGCCCUGCUUUGAGGGCAAGGUCCAGGCAGCCUAUCAAGAGGUACAAGAAGCUCAUAAGUGAGAUUUUCCCCAAGAAUCAGGUGAGAGACUCUUUGACUUUCAGUUGCCUUUUUACCCAAGUUUCUGUGUUGAAAUUGUUUGAGAGAGUGAGAGCACCUUGCUUGUGCUUGUAAGGGACUUGUUUUCCUUCAGCUAUGGCCCUUGUGCUUGCUUCUUGCACCAACUAAUUGGGAUGAAAUACCCCUUUCGGAUAUUGCUGAUUGGUGUUAUGUUAACCUCCUGUUCUUGUAGCUAUUUUUUUUUUAGAGAAUGCAUCUUCAAUUCUUUUCUCAACUUUACUUGGCGAUUCACCAUCUUGAGAUAGAUGCUUCUGUAUAUGUUAACAAUAUUGAUGCGUAUUAAUGGCAGGAAGAAGGCCCAAAUGAUAGGAAGAUCGGUAAACUUUGUGAAUAUGCGGCUAAAAAUCCUUUGCGUAUCCCAAAGGUACAGUUACCUUAUUAUAACUCAGGUGAUGAUAGCACCUUGCUUUCUGCAUGAGCAUACUCUUGGAUCAGAAAAUGCGUGACGUUUACAUCAGAGGUGUACACAUGCUUAUGCUGUUCUCAUUUGUAUUGCUAAGCAGACUGAGUUAGUACUCAGACGGAGUACUACUAUGCUUAAAAUAUCCCAUUGCUGUUCUUGUUGGACCGUCGAUGGUCAACUUCUCAUACUUUAUCUCCUUGCUUCACUUUUAAUGUACUGGUGUCGAUCCUUUUCUUACAGUAAAGUGUAUCAAUUUUAAACUGAAAUAGGAGUUGUAGCAGGCCCCAUUUAUCUCUUACUAAUUAUUCUAGUGAUAUUUAUUUAUGAAAUAAUCUCUUUUGGAGCCGCAAGUUUCUUUAUUUUCACCAAUUAGAUCAUUGAGUUGCAUCACAGAAUAAAAAAUGUCAAUAAAUGUGAUGGUUAAUGGACGUUGUACUCUUGACCAGAUUGCAAACUCUCUUGAGCAAAGGUGUUACAAGGAGCUGAGAUAUGAGAACUUUCAGUCUGUCAAGAUUGUGAUGUGCAUAUACAAGAAAUUGUUGAUCACUUGCAGAGAACAAUUGUGAGUCUAUCCUUCUUCCAUUACUUUGCUUUCUGUUCAUGUGGUAUGUCAUGCUUCCACAAAACCUUUUCGCUAAGCAAAAUUGGCAUCAAUCAUGAUGUUUGGCCCAGGAAGUUGCAUUUUGGGAUUUAAUUGGUCUAUCACCUUUUGUUUUGUGAAUGAUAAUCCUUUCCUUGCACUGAGUGGUAGCAUUUUUCAGUAUUGUCGCAGUUUUAAUUUGAAAAUAUGAGAGCUGGUUUUAUGUCUUCUUUCCCUCUGUUUUAUAUUUGGUUCUACACCUUUGAAUGAAUCAGUAUACUUGUGUUGUUACAUUCCGCUUUAACGCCUAUCUUGGUGUCUGUUGGUGAACAUUACACAGGCCUUUGUAUGCUACUAGUUUAAUGAACAUAAUUCAUACAUUGCUGGAUCAAACGAGGAGACAAGAUCUGCAACUUACAGGAUGUGAGAGUCUUUUUGACUUUGUAAAUAACCAGGUAGGUGAUGCCCCUUUCCCUCAUUAACGGCAACAUUUUCUUCUACAAAGAGAAAGAAGAGACUAUUCUGCCUCAUGGCAGUUUCUUGUGUAGCUUUCAGGUUUUUGCAUACAGGAUGCAACUCAUUUGGUUUCAUUAAUUUUCAGAAGGAUGGAACUUAUGCAUUUAAUUUAGAAGGCUUUAUACCUCAGCUCUGUCAGUUAGCUCAAGAAGUCGGAGAAGACGAAAGAGGAGUUUGCCUACGGGCAGCUGGUCUCCAGGCUCUUUCUUCAGUGGUAUGCAUUUCCUUGGUUAAUAUUGUUUCACUAAUUUGGAGUCUUAGUGCUUUCGAGAACGCUAACACAAUCACAAACCUUUUUGUAACCAAUCAUUAGUCACUUAAUAUUCAUCAAAUCUUUGAUUUCUACAAAAGAAGACCAAGACAAUUUAUUAAACAUCCUUGCAUCUACAUUUAUUCUUUAUACGCUGAUUGUUCAGAGAAAACCCAAUGGUCAUCACUUGAUAUGAGAAUGCUAUAUUACUUCCUUGCCUUUCCAUAAGGAACAGCGAAAAGUAAUCAUUCAACUAAAAAAAAAAAAAAACAGCGAAAAAUUAUCUUCUCAAACCUUUUGUUAUGCCUUACCAUAUGUGAAUAAGUUCUUUUCUUUCCAUGGGAAGAUUUACCAAGCGCGGUUAAAGUUUUAUCUAUGAGAGUUUAUAUUCCCAUAGGGUAUCCUCCAAGAUUACCACUGUAUCUAGGCAUGGAGUAUUACCGGAAACAAAAUGCUUCUUAAUGGCUUAAUAUUUCACUUUAAGUCAUGGUUUAACGCAAAUGAUUCCGUACUGACUUGAUUCUUUCUCUUUGAAGGUCUGGUUUAUGGGCGAGCAUUCACAUAUUUCAGCAGAAUUUGAUAAUGUAAGUUCUCUGUCUUGAACUGAAACUAUGUGCAGAUUUACAAAAUUUCAUUAUUUUAGCGCUGGACAGUCCUCCAUUCUAUGCUUAUUUUCAUAAUUCACAUCCUGUAUACAAUAUGGAAUGUCCUUUAUGCUAUUGUAGUGCUUGUUUGCCUUCAAACAUACCAUUUUGUGUGCUUAAAUUCCCGAUUAUGGAUUCUUCAAGUGUUAUAGAUACUAUGCCAUUAUAGCUUCUCAGAAUGAGGCAUGAGUAUAACUUAUAAUUGGUGCUUUUGUGCUCCUAAAAAGAGGAGACGUGAAAGAGUUGGCCAAAGGAAGAAGUUCAAUAGUUAGCUAAUUUAGGCAGUAUCUGGGCACAUCCACUAGAAUGAGAGUACAAUUUCCAUAAAAACAAAAGAAGAAUUCACCAGUAUUUUGACGUUUCUUUUGCAUGACUGUGCAGAUCGUUUCAGUUGUUUUAGAAAAUUAUGGAAACCCUGAGGAUGUUCAUGAGGAGCAAGGUAACCAGAACCAAUGGGAACAAGAAGUGGUUAAAAAUGAGGAACAGGGGUCUACUUCGUCUGAGAUGCUUACCAGGGUUCCAUCUUGGGGGACAAUUGUUAAAGAAAAUGGAGAAUUGAAUGUGACGGAGUAAUUCCUC